AUGGGGCCUCAAUUCUCUGUUCUGACUUCUGAGCUUCGUGCCCCUCCUUGUGUGACUCUGAACACUUUCCCACAAUCUGAUCUCUCUCUUCUGUUCGUCAUUUUCUCCUAUAAAUUAGAGCCUUUAAGCAAAACCAAUAAGCUUCUCAACUUCGAAAUUAAUCUCACAAAAAUGCUCAAAUCCAUGAAAUCUCUUCUAUUCUCUCUCACAUUCAUCCUCAGUUUCUUCUCCAUCCCCUCAUUUGCCCUUAACAUCGGAGCUGAAACCACCGGAAUCGCCGCCGUCUCUGUGAGCAAGGAAUGCAGCAGAACCUGUGAAUCAAGCUUCUGUUCUGUACCUCCAUUACUGAGAUAUGGCAAGUAUUGUGGGCUUCUGUACAGUGGAUGUCCUGGAGAAGCUCCUUGUGACGGACUUGAUGCUUGUUGUAUGAAGCACGAUCAAUGUGUGCAAGCCAAAAACAAUGACUACUUAAGUCAAGAGUGCAGCCAGGCAUUCAUAAAUUGUAUGGAGAGAUUUAGAAAGAAUGGUGGAGCUACAUUCAAAGGAAACCAAUGCAAUGUUGAUGAUGUUAUUCGAGUUAUCAAGCUUGUCAUGGAAGCUGCUCUCGUGGCUGGAAGAGUUCUCCACAAGCCUUGAUUAUCUUAUUCUUCUUCUCAUCAUUUCAUCUAUUUUUACAUUGACAAGAAGGAACAAGCCACUUUCAUAUUUCAUUAGUUCAAAGUGAAUUUAUCAAAGGUUAAUUUGACAAAAAUUAAUUUAAUAAAAAUUAAUUAUUGUAAUGAAAUUUAUGUUUAAUUAAAUACAUCCUUUGAGAAGCUAGCUUGAUAAAUUGCAAAUUGUUUAGAUUA